UCCCGGUCAAGGUCUGGGAGCCCAGAGCUGCAGAGGGAGUGGAUCCCAAACCUCCCUUCAUGGUUGAGUCUGCUGAAGAGCCAGGACACAGGUUGGAAAUGCAGCCGGGCACGCAGGCUCCCUAUUCCCUGGAGACGGGAUCCUUCCCUCACUUCUAUUCCCCCGUGCACGCCAGCUCCACGUCGGUGAGCCUGUCCUCGGGCCUUUCCACAGGGAAUUCCUGCGUGGAGGGGCCCCACAGCUACCUCGAGCCCCCCAGCGCCGCGCGGGCGCUGCCGUCGCCCAUGAACGCCCUGGGCUCCCCCGUGAACGCCCUGGGCUCGCCCUACAGGGUCAUCACCUCGUCCCUGGGCUCGCACCCCGUGGCUCUGUCCUCUGCUCCAGGCAUGAAUUUCGUGACCCACGCCAGCCCACAGCUCAAUGUCCUGAACAAUGUCAGCAGCUCAGAGGAUGUCAAGCCCUUGCCGGGUCUCCCGGGGAUGGGGAACAUGAAUUAUCCAUCCACAAGUCCAGGUUCCCUAGCCAAACACAUCUGUGCCAUCUGUGGGGACAGGUCCUCAGGGAAGCACUAUGGGGUGUACAGCUGUGAGGGCUGCAAAGGCUUCUUCAAGAGGACGAUCCGGAAGGAUCUGAUCUACACGUGCCGGGAUAACAAGGAUUGCCUGAUCGACAAGCGCCAACGCAACCGCUGCCAGUACUGCCGCUACCAGAAGUGCCUGGCCAUGGGCAUGAAGAGGGAAGCUGUGCAGGAGGAGAGGCAGAGGAGCAGGGAGCGCAGUGAGAACGAGGCGGAGUCCACCAGCAGUGGCAGUGAGGACAUGCCCGUGGAGAGGAUCCUGGAGGCUGAGCUGGCCGUGGAGCCCAAAACAGAGGCAUACAGUGACGUGGGCACGGAGAGCUCGACAAACGACCCUGUCACCAACAUCUGCCAUGCUGCUGACAAGCAGCUCUUCACACUCGUCGAGUGGGCCAAGCGCAUCCCCCACUUCUCUGAGCUGACUCUGGAAGACCAAGUCAUCCUCCUCCGGGCAGGCUGGAAUGAGCUGCUCAUUGCCUCCUUCUCCCAUCGCUCCGUGUCGGUCCAGGACGGGAUCCUGCUGGCCACGGGCCUGCACGUGCACCGCAGCAGCGCCCACAGCGCUGGCGUGGGCUCCAUCUUCGACAGGGUUUUGACAGAGCUGGUGUCCAAAAUGAAAGACAUGCAGAUGGAUAAGUCGGAGCUGGGGUGCCUGCGAGCCAUUGUCCUGUUUAACCCAGAUGCCAAGGGUUUGUCCAGCCCCUCAGAAGUGGAGUCACUGAGGGAGAAGGUCUAUGCCACGCUGGAAGCCUACACGAAGCAGAAAUACCCCGAGCAGCCAGGGCGGUUUGCCAAACUCCUCCUGCGCCUGCCGGCGCUGCGCUCCAUCGGGCUGAAGUGCCUGGAGCACCUCUUCUUCUUCAAGCUGAUUGGAGACACCCCCAUCGACACCUUCCUCAUGGAGAUGCUGGAGACACCCCUGCAGGUCACCUGA